GGGGCGGGUCCUGCGACCGGAAGCCGGUAGCCGGAAGCCGGAAGGGGGGCUGUGAGGACGUGUUCCAAGGAAGCCAGGGCCGGACCCGGCGGGGCCGGCGACAUGGAGCCGCUGUACCAGCAAACGCACAAGCAGGUCCACGAGAUCCAGUCUCACAUGGGACGCCUGGAGACCGCGGACAAGCAGUCUCUGCACUUAGUAGAAAACGAAAUCCAAGCAAGCAUUGACCAGAUAUUCAGCCAUCUAGAACGUCUGGAGAUUCUGUCCAGCAAGGAGCCCCCGAACAAAAGACAGAAUGCCAAACUUCGUGUUGACCAGUUAAAGUAUGAUGUCCAGCACCUGCAGACUGCUCUCAGAAACUUCCAGCAUCGGCGAUACGCAAGGGAGCAGCAGGAGAGACAGCGAGAGGAACUUCUGUCUCGAACCUUCACCACUAACGACUCUGACACGACCAUCCCAAUGGAUAGCUCGCUGCAUUUCAACUCCUCCCUCCAGAAAAUUCACCAUGGCAUGGACGACCUCAUCGGAGGCGGGCACAGUAUUCUGGACGGACUGAGGGCCCAGAGACUGACCUUGAAGGGGACUCAGAAGAAGAUCCUUGACAUUGCCAACAUGCUGGGCUUGUCCAACACCGUGAUGCGGCUCACCGAGAAGCGGGCUUUCCAGGAUAAGUACUUCAUGAUCGGUGGCAUGCUUCUCACCUGUGUGGUCAUGUUCCUCGUGGUGCAGUACCUGACAUGAGCCAGCCCCGCCCCACGGCUGAGCGUCGUUCCCACCGUGCGAGAGUCUGUGUGAGUGUGUGUGCGUGAAAGAGAGGGGGGCCCAGAGGCUGCCUUCUUAAAUGUAUGCCCUUCUUAACUGUGAAGACCACUGGGAGUCAUCGUGAUCUGUAACGUAGCGGGAGUUUCAGACCUGCUCUGUUUCCUGUAACACCUUGGAGGGGAAGCGAAUGCUACCAAGAUGCAUGGUCCUAAGGAAAUGAGAGUAUCUCCUCUCUCUCUCGCUCUCGCUCUCGCUCUGUCUCGCCCUCUCUCGCCCUCACUAGGGGUGGAAGUGAUGUAAGGGUAAGGGGUGAAGAAAGAAGAGGGAGGGAAAGAAUGGUUUUGCUGUUCUUGUCCACGUAGCUGAUGCUCGCCCAGGGAAGGCUUUCAAUAGCGAGCCUUGCACAUAGGACCGUUCACUUUGGCCUCAUUUGGCCUCUCUGGGUCCUCGCGGAUAACCCAGCGCAGAAGCCAAAAGGAGGGGAAAGAGGCCUGCUUUCCUGCGUCAUUAUAACAGAUGGAUUUCCAUGCUCUUGUGCCCCCUCCCCCCAGUGACAUGCAGAUGACUAAUUGCUGGUACUCGUCACCCUUCCCUGGAAGCCACUACCUAGAGGAAGCAGAGGCACCGAUGCCACUGCAGACAGCGAGUAAGAUUUUCCACAUUAGGGCCGUUGGGUGUUUCUCCUUCUAAAGCGAGGCCAGUGUUAUUCCCUGAGAGUGUUCAGUCUUGAGGCUGAAGACCCCCAUCACUGAUUUUUUUCCCAGUGGUGAACAGAAUGAUUGGCUUCUGUGGUUCUAGAACUGGCCUGGCAUCCUGCCCGGGCUCUGGUGGGCCUUUGGCCCUGAGAACGUUGCCAUGAUGUGUCCAUUACGGCAUCUCCUCUCCUUUUGGUGUCUGAUUCUCUGCUCUCUUUCCUCCCCUGAAAUCCAUUAGCAGCUGCCAGCCAAGCCCCCAUUCCACCCAGCCGGUGUGGGCUGACACCACCCUGGAGACGUCCCGGGUGUCCUGAGAGUCUCUGAUCUCAGGGACCAGGGACUUUCCCUUCUCUGACCAACCCCAGAUUAAGGCUGUACCAGUACCUGGUGCGUUGUGGAAUUUAUCGUAAAGCCAGCCUCUCUGUUGCGAUCGAGCGCUGCGAAUCCUAGAAAGACUUGGUUAGCAUGUGUUUUCAUCUGUCACAGGCCCUACAGCCGUAGGCUCAGUGGCCUUAUGGCAAGACAAAACAAUCUCAGAAUUUCCCAGAAGAACUGGAAACGUGGUCAGUAUUAACUCCACCUGUGAUCGUCGUGCUCCGCCUACUUCGUGUGUUUAUUUUUUGUCACUUGGACUGUCUUCGAUUUUCUUUCCCUUUUCUGUGUGUCCCAUCCCACCUCCCUUAGUUACUUCCCACCUGUUGCUGGAGCAAUAUUGGUCUUUUCUGGCAUACCUUCUGGUGAACGUUUCUUAAUGGUCGCAGAUCUUUUAAUGGGAGUUUCCUGGGUGCCAAUUUCACACUUGGUGGGCUUUCCGUCUCUGCUUCCCCUCUGGGCUGAACAGGGGCCGUGGCUUUCCAAGGAAGGGGGAAUCUAUGACUCCAUCAUGAAAGGAUUGAGGGCCUUGCCAGAGUGAGAACGGUGGACUGAAGGGUAUACAGAGGGGUCAAGGUGUCUUCCGACCUAGGUCUGACUUUGGGGAGGUGAAAUUUCCAUCACCCCCAGCACCCCUGUCAGCGCAGGGAUCUCUGCAGUCCAUAAAAAGGGUUCUAAAACAUGGAUUUUUAAAUUGUGCAGACCCGUUGUCCUAUCCCUGGGCAUCUGAGGAUCCUGCCAGAGAUCGUAUUUCAGAGGAAGGUGUGUAUGUAUAUAUAUAUAUAUAUAUAUAUAUAUAUAUAUAUAUAUAUAUAUAUACACACACACACACACACACACAUAUGUAUGUAUAUAUAUAUGUAUAUAUAUAUACAUACAUAUACAUACAUAUUUCUGUAUAUAUAUACGUGUGUGUGUGUGUGUGUGUGUGUGUGUAUAUAUAUAAUAUACCUUCCUCUGAAGGUAUAUCAUAUAUAUAUAUGGAGCAACUAAGCCAUGUGGACCUGAACUCUAGGGGGCAGAAACUAGCACCCCACCCUCCAUUGACUGAUGUGAUCUAUUUGUAGCAUAUACCAGCGUAUUUCCACACUUGUCUUUAUAGCGAUUGCUGGUCGUGAUGAACCAGGAGAAGGCUUUCUAUCCUGCUGUACCUUCAGAGCCAUUCUCCCUGCUUUGUAAUGAAAGUUAUGCAGGCGGUUCGUGGGUCUUUACCACUUGGGGCUAGGGAACAGCAGCCAGUGUGUCUGGAGAUGGCCUGAGCUGGCUGUCAGUGUCCUGUGAGAAACAUACCUCGGCCUAACGGGGGUUCUACGGUUUCUACAGCACCAACGCCCACCCUCCCCCCUCCCCCCCAGAGUGUAGGGAAGGGUUCCAGGCCAAGGAAAGAGCACCAUCUAGUGGACCUGGGGUGAAGUCUUAGGUCAUGCUGGUGCAAGAAUCUCCGGUGGGUGCACAGCAUCUGUGACCUUGUGCAGGAUUUGGGUGCACCUGUUGCAGAUGAAGACAGGUGGGUUGUCAAGGAACUUGGGAAUAUCUUCAUUCCAUGGAAGUUUCCUCCAGGUAUGACCACCUUAAGAAAGACCAAACUCAAAAGACCCCAGUAAGUUGGGGAGUCUUGAUUUUAUAGGAGGCUUCACUGCUGGAUUUUUACCAGUCUUUUGCCCUAAUGAAUUUAAGUGGGUGUGAAUUGCAGAUUUGGAGUUACACCCAUUGUUUUGGAAACACAUCAGUUAAAUAAAGUUGAGAGUUAUUUUAUUUAGGAAAUUCUAUUUUGUAACUAAAACAAAUGUUUUUUUUGUGUCCAGGCCAGAGAUUCUCAAACACUGCUCCAUAGCCAGGGGCUAGGCUGGCUGCCUUAGAAGCAGCUGGGAAACUUUUUUAAAAUUAGAUUCCUGGGCCUAUCCCAAACCUAAUUUUUUAUUUUUUAUUUUUUUUAACGUUUAUUCAUUUUUGAGAGCAUGAGUGCAGGGGGCAGAGAGAGAGGGGAGACCCAGAAUCUAAAGCAGGCUCCGAGCUGUCAACACAGAGCCCAACAUGGGGCUCGAACUCACAAACGGUGAGAUCAUGACCUGAGCCGAAGUCAGGCGCUUAACUGACUGAGCCACCCAGGUGUCCCCAAACCUUUUAAAUUAGUGUUUUUUUGAGUCCUUAUCUAAGGUAAUUCUGAUGUGUGUAUUUUCUUGUCUUUUAGACAGAAGGCUUUUGUCUUAAAGAUGAUAUCAUUUGAAAAUCUAUGCUUAACUAGCUGGGCAUAUAUGUGUAAGAGCAAAACUUAUCAAGUCCAAAAUAAAGUCUUACUUGUUUAUAUCCUA